AUGGAAAAAAAAAAAUAUAAUACCAAACAAUUUUACUCGAUGAUAAAUAAUUUAUUCCCUAAAACAAACUUGCAGUAUACAUAUAUAAAUACAUUUAUAUUAUGUCUAUUCUUUACAUUUAUACAUAAGUAUCUAGAUCAAACAUUACCAUCAUUAUAUAAGUCAAUUGAAAAGGAUUUUAAUAUUGAUGUUAAAACUUUAUAUUAUAUGAAUACCAUUUAUAAAUUAGCAUAUUCUGGAUCAAAUUUUUUUUUUGCAAUUUUUUUCGAUUUUUCUUUUAAAAAAAUUUUAUGUUUUAAACAUAAUGAAAAUAGUGCAAAUUUAGCCAAAAGUCCAAACCAAAGCAACAAUGAUCAUUCUGGUAAAAUUCAAUAUGAAGUAAAUUUUAAUAAUGAAAAUGAAUUUAAAGAUAUUGGAAAAUUAAAUAAUGAUGGGAAAAAAGGCAAGCAAAAAGGAGAAAAAAAUAAUAAAAGCAAAUAUGAAAAUGAAAAAAUAUUUAAUAACAAUAAAUCUUAUGUAAAUUCAUUUUCUUUACAAGAUGAAAUAACUAUAAGUGAAUAUGAGUAUACAUUAAAUGUUCUUUUUAUUUCACUAAUAAUUUAUAUAAUAGUUAUAUUUGGAAUUACUAUUUCUAAUAAUUAUAUGUAUAUAUUUUUUUUUUUAUUUAUCAUGGGCAUGAAUAAUUCAUGUAUAUAUAUAUUAAUACAAAAAAUAUAUACUAAUAAUGUAUUUAGUGAAAAUAGAAGCACCAUAUAUGGUUUUCUACAUUUUUUCACAUCAAUAUCUCACAUGCUAUCAAUAUUUAUAAAUACAAAUUUAAGUAAUAAAUUGUAUUUUGGAUUUAAAGGGUGGCGUCUUUGUUAUUUUAUUAUUUUACUUUUUCCAUUCCUUGUUUCAAUAUUUUUAUUCAAGUUAAUUAAAAAUAAUAACCUAAAAAAGGAAGCAAUUCAAAAUCGAAAUCUCUCAUUUAUGGCACCCCUUGAAAAAUUGACAGAUAUGGAUAGUCUGAAUUAUAAACAAAACUUCAAAAGAAAAAACAAGCAUUCAAAUGGAAAGGAAAAUGAAAUUAAUGAGGAAAGGGUUCUUUUACUUACUGGAAAUGAACAACCAUGGAAUACAAGUUCAAAAAUGAAUAUGCAAAUUAAAAAUUUAGAAAAUAUUGGAGAAUAUAAUAUUACUGAAAUGGUGCGUCCAUGCAAUGACGAGGUUAAAGGAACUAUUACUAAUAUAUCGAAGAAUGAAAUAAAUAAUAAAUCAAUAAAAAAUCGCAUUAGCGAAAAUACAAGUGAUGAUAAUCAUUCUAUUUCAAUUUUUCAAAAAAAUGAACAUGAUAGUUUAAUAUCAAAAGAAAAAAAAAAAAAAAAAAUUAUAUAUGAAUUUGCAUAUUUAUAUGAAAUAAAAUAUGUUUUAAAAAAUUAUAGUUUUUGGAUAAUUAUAUCUAUGGGAAUGUUAAAUGGAAUACCAAAGCAUGUUUUAAGUUUAAUGAUAUAUUUUUUUCAAUAUUGCAAUAUUUCAGAUUUCAAAAGUGGGUUUAUUAUAUCAGUAAGUUGGUUAUGUGCAAGUAUAGUAUCUCCAUUUAUUGGUAUUAUAAGUGAUUAUAUUUAUAAAUUAAAUAAAGAUAUAAAUAGGCAAUUAAUAGGUAUGUGCACACACUUUUUAAGAAUUAUAUUAAUGUUUAUUAUGUUUUUUUUUGUUCCAAAAGAACCAGAAUCUUUUAUAUAUUUUAUAAUCAUUUCUUUAUUUAUGGGAAUAUUAAGUGGGUGGGUAAAUAUCGGUGCACAUAAGCCAAUAUUAAUUGAAAUUGUUAAACAAAAACACACAGCUUUUGUAAUGUCAUUAAUGAGUGCGUUUGAAAAUAUAGGAUCCUCAAUUUUAGGUACAAUUCUUUUGGAUUUUUUUUUAAAUAAAUAUAAUUACAUUGAUAAAAGAAAAGUAAAUUAUAUAACACCAUCUAUAAAUAAACAUAAUGUCAAUAUUUUAUCUCAUAUAUUGCUAAUUAUGACUUGUGUUCCCUGGCUGAUUUCUUUUGGUCUUUUAUAUAUUCUUAAAUAUACAUAUAAAAAAGAUAAAAUAUACAACAAUAUAAUUUAA